ACUGCAAUACCAGUAUUCCGGGUGUUUCAUGGACUAGUGGCCGAAUAUCCGGGUAUAGAGUAGCUAACUAUACAUCGUGUUUCCCCGUGAGACAACGCUGUGUAAACAACGACUCCCACCUACAACCGACACAGCCGUAGCAGACGAGAGUCGUGUGGUGACCGGGUACGCCGAUCUCCGACCUCAUCUACCCCACACGACAUCAACACUCCAGGAUCGGGUGCAGUUUCAAGUGCACAUAUUGGGUGCCCGAGUUUUGUACAAGGUGUGUUUCGUUACUCAUUCGGUGCUGCGACACCCGGGAUAUUGUCAACACUUCCCAUCCACCCUUUCACAACAACAGCGUUUGUUUUUCCCCGGAUCCAAGAGCAGUACCUAACGUCUGUGAAAUUCCAGGUCCUGUGUACCGGGUGUAGCACCAUCACUGCCACCGCGUCCCUCCCAUCCUCGAGGCAGGCACAUGUGCGCGACCCCCUGGACUAACACUGUUAUCACCCCUGUCUGAUGCCCCCGGCCCCGAUGUUAGGGGUUGACUUGUCUCUCGGGAUGCCCACCCCAGCCAAACGUUUGUGUCGCGAUGGAAGCUUGGAUACUCUACGGGGAUCUUCUACGGACACUUCGCCAGACAACACAAGAUUCAGGAAGUGUGCAAAGCCGGGAGUUAAAGCAGAGCCUGACACAGAUGACAGCCAGGUGUUCUCAGACGACGACAGUAUGAUGGAGGAUGAAGAGAAGCCCGGGGGUCACGAGAACAGUUGCCAGGACAACAGCAUCUCACAACAACAGCAGAAGAAGACAGUGGCCCAGAUCAUGAGGGACAAGAAGAAGCAGACCAACUUGACCUUGCAGUGGUUGGAGGAGAACUACUGUAUGUGUGAAGGUGUAUGCCUGCCGCGGUGCAUCCUCUAUGCUCACUACCUGGACUUCUGCAGGAAGGAAAACCUUGAGCCGGCGUGUGCGGCUACAUUCGGAAAGACAAUACGUCAAAAGUUCCCCCACUUGACAACAAGACGUCUCGGAACACGAGGUCACUCCAAGUACCACUAUUACGGUAUUGGGAUCCGGGAGACGAGUCAGUAUUAUCACUCGGUGUAUUCGGGGAAAGGUUUGACCAGGUUCUCUGGAUGCAAGUUAAAGAACGAGGGCGGAUUCACCCGGAAGUAUUCGUUAAGUUCAAAGACUGGAACUCUCCUGCCAGACUUCCCCAACGCUCGCUUUCUCAUUCUCCCCCUCUCUAUACCGCGCGAGAAGGUGGAGACGUUUAUUAUGAUGUAUAAAACCCAUUGUCAAUGCAUCCUGGAUACGGCAAUAAACUCAAACUUUGAAGAGAUUCAGAACUUCCUGUUGCACUUCUGGCAGGGUCUUCCGGAACAUCUACUCCCUCUGGUGGAGAACCCCGUCAUCAUUGACAUCAUCUGUGUGUGUGACUCCAUCUUGUAUAAGGUUUUAACAGAAGUCCUGAUUCCCGCUACAAUGCAGGAAAUGCCCGAAACGUUGCUAUGUGAUAUCAGGAAUUUCGCCAAGCACUGGGAGAAUUGGGUAACAACGUCCUUAGAAAACCUUCCCGAAGUCCUCGCCAGCAACAAACUUCCGGUAGCCAGGAGAUUCGCCUCAUCAUUAAAACGACAAACAUCAUUUCUUCAUCUUGCCCAGACCGCUCGACCAGUCCUGUACGACGCUCAACUAGUCAAUCAAUCGAUAGCCGAUAUUGAUCGCAUCGAUCUCAGCAGCAUCGGUUCGCAGGCUCUUAAUAACUCUAAAGACGGUGAGGAGACGGAAGUGAACGCUGAAUUUUUACGAGAGUUUAAGGAAUUGCUACGGAAACAGGCUACCGUAGAGGCGUUCACGGAGUGGCUUGACACGGUGGUGGAGCAGAAGGUCAUCAAGCCGAGUAAACAAAAUGGGCGAUCCUUUAAGAAACGAGCUCAAGAAUUUCUCUUGAAGUGGUCUUUCUUUGGAGCAAGAGUCAUGCACAAUUUGACAUUAAACAACGCUCAAAGUUUCGGCUCCUUCCACCUGAUCCGGAUGCUGCUGGAUGAGUACGUCCUCCUGGCCGUGGAGUCCCAGCUCCACAACGAGAAGGAGGCGGAGCUUCAGACACUGCUGGACAAACACAUGAAGCCAGAUGACCAAGGCACGAAACCUAUUCUUGCGCAAGGACCAAGCACGUGUUUUGUUGCCAAUCCAAACAGGAACAACCCUUCGAGACCCGGAAGUGUGAAGCGCGAGAAUUACCUUGACCCUGAUGGACAUUACAACGGAAUGCACGGCCGUGACCCCUACCCAAUCUCGCCUCAUCUUAGUUCUCUCACCUCCAUGACUGCCUCUGCCGGCAACAACCAGAUGUUAACGCCACCUAUCUCCCCCAUCGUGGUCAACCCCAUCCGCAGUUCUGUCAUCAACCAGAACAACAUGGGCUACAACCCAACGUCGCAGAGUGGGCCGUCAUACGCAUACCUAGCUCAGCACGGUGAUUAUGGCCCCGGCAAUGCACCAUACAUGGGUUCGGUGACUUACCCCCAGGAUCCUACAGUUCAGCGUUCAGGGGUCCCCCCAACUCCCUGCCCUACAGCUCCAGUCCCUACAAUUUGAAACGACAUGGAGCCGUACAGCUACCCCGAGCAGCAGUUCCCCGUGGAUGCCUACUACCCACCUUCUGGCAUGACGGGAUACCCACCAGUGAGCCAAUCAAACUACUCGUCUCAUAAUAACAGUUCAACCGGAAGCGGAAGUGCAUUUAAUGUUGUACAAAGUACUUCCGCUUUCAACAACCCGGGCGGUUACCAGAACCAAGAUUUUUCCGGGGGUCCUUCCUACCCUCAGCCCAAGCUUGUAGAACACGUAUCGGUGAUCCAACAGAGGCCCACGCCCAAUCAUUACCCAGCAGAUAUCGGAGAUGCACCGCCUUACAUCCUGGAACGAAAUCACAGAUCAAAGGACCCGACUUCUAUGUAUGGAAACGGGAGCCCAGCAACAUGCCACACCCCACCUCACGCAGUUCACCAGCCAGUCCACCAGCUGGGGGAGGACUUCCUGAGCAUGUCAGGCAUGAUGGCCGGGGACCACGACAUGGCCUCCUCCUACGGCGACCCCGGGCCGCUCCCCUCCAUCAACACCGUUUUCAUGUCCGAGGCAAACAAGGGCUGCUUCUAGUGAACCUAGUUCGGGAGGCUCUCUAACUCUUCCCAUUAGACACGUGGUGUUCGGAAAGAACAUGAUCUCUCCCAGAUACAGAUGUCCUGAUUUAAUUGUAACAUCCCUGCAUAACGGAUAGACAAUGGAUAACGCCCACCGGAAUGUAUGUAGAUAUUAUCUCAAUACCCAGCGGUCUCUACGUAUUGGUUAUCCCGAUGAGUGGAUUUGUUGAAGGACGAUAGUCUAGAAGAACCUACCAGCAAUUGCAUCCCAAGUGCAUGCUGGAGACUGCGGUUAGCUGGAAUCUUUGUUCACAGUGGUUCAUAGAGAACGAAUAUUGUAUCGCCAGUGUGAUUCCAGUGCCAAUGAAUGCCGUUUCUAGCCAUAAAUGUGCCUGAUAGUUAGAGACGUGUGACACAGACGGUCAGCAGUGACCAGCAAUUCGUGGAACCAUGAAGCAAUCGAUCAUUCAGAUCUGAAAACAUUGGCAUCACUCCUGAACUUGUGGUAUCAUUUUACUGCACCUGAUUCGGUGGGAAUAUGUGCUGCUCCUGGAACCUUUCAGCCAACAGGAAUAGAAUGAGUGGUUUGGGUUUUCGCCCCCUGAAAAAACUGGACCCAUAAAAAUCAACCCUACCACAAAUCGGACUGACUACUAAACCGCCUUAAGAUGCAUACAUAGACACUUCAAGACGAACUGUAUGGAAUUUGUGUAUUAGCCGUGACCCCACCGUGCAGAAUUUCUGCUGUUGGUGUUGGCAGUGCGUUGUCCAUGCAAGCUUAUGCCUAACUUACCCGGCGUUAUAGUUGUACAGAUUUGCAUCCACACUGUGGAACAAACAUAAUUUGAAGUGUGUAAUAUGUAAAUAUAUUUAGCUUUCUGCUUUAUUAUGUAAAGUUGCUUUUGAUUCCAAAUGUCUUGUUUAUGAUAUUUAUGAUAGUUAUGUACAUAUGUAGGAGUGAUCGUAGAUUUAAAGUGCUAAUGCUAAAUCUUUGCUGAAAUGUCUCAUAAAAAUACCACGCCCUAAACCAUUCGGAUAAGGAGAUAUAUAUAAAACUGCGAUUGUUCACAACUAUUAUGAAAUCAUAAUCUAAAUUAAAUCGUUGUUUUACUUCACCUCCAUUUGUAGAAUCUUGUGGAAAAUUUGCGAAAUUGAAAUAACCAAGACGAGAAAUGCUUGUUUCAACUACAACGUCUAUUGGAGCAUUCAAACGUCUUAGUAGAUGGUUCAAACGUCUCAUGUUCCUGAAAUGAAAUUUAUAAAUAAAUACGAAUUAGGGUGUACUGUCCUUUUCAAGGUCGAAAAGACUAUGUUCUGUCUUAAAAUUAUGAAUAUCAUUAAUUUUCGCUAGCUGUUGAAGCUCUAUAUUGAGUUACAAAACAGAUAAACUAUAGAAAUGUAAAUUUAUCAGAAUCCAGCAUCCUUAGAAAAACAAUAAAACUGGCGUCAGAAUUCUCAUAAUCAAUGUCAUGUGACAAACAUGUGCACACCAGUUGGUUCCUACAAUUAUACGGAGAGAUAUAAUGAUUACUUCCAAUGUGUUGUGGUAAAUUUGAGUUAUUAUAUUCCGGGUAUGACGAACUCCAGACACAUUGAUAAAUGUUCCUUAUUACCGAAGCUGGAUAUUGAUUUGAUCAAUAACGUCAACGGCAUUCAAAGGAUACCAAUGGGAACUGAUUAUUCAUUAAUAGCGCUCCGGGAGAUUACGACUGGAUUCGUCUUAACAGAAUAUUCGCGAUAACCAGCUUCGUAAUAUCCGGAGCUGGGUAGUAGAUAUUAGAUGACAAUGUACAGGGCUGCCUACUGCCGGAGACAAAGAAUAUUGCGUCUUCAUUGAGCAUAGUUAUGACCGAGUUGGAUCAGAUCUGAAUGUACAUAACGUGAACAUAUUAUUGUUUUGUAAAUAAUAUUAAGAUAACUGUGUUUUCAUCUUGUCAUUAAGGCUACCAUGUGCCUUUUCCUGUACUAUACCCUGACCUGGGUCAUGCCAUAGGUUCUCCUAGGUCAGAUGCUAGGUCCUUUAUUCUGUGCCAUGGAAUGUUGAUUUGUUGUUGAGUUCGGUGUGAUUCCGUGUGUGUAUAACGUGGAGUGUGUGUGACAUUUGUUUAUGUAUGGCUAUAUCAGUUGUUGUUUUAGUUACACACAGUUCUUUUGCUAUUCUGUGUACGUGACGUGGGGUAUAAAGCAAUAAUGCAACAAAAUCAAAUUUUGGUAAACUGAGUUUGUACUUUUGGGGCAAGAUGGAAUCAAACCCUCAUACAAGUGCAUUGUGGUUUCAAAUGUAGUCUUCGUUAUAUUUCCUUCCCUGUUUCUCUUCAUGAAUAUACGGUCCAAAAUUGUUCUUUCGCCUUUUGUCCCACUGCUGUCAUGGUGGAACAAAGUCGACAAGGAAAGAUAACUCUUAUGUUAAAAUCCGGAACAUUUAGCAUAUAUUUUUUCCGAUCGGCCUGAACAAUAAUAGUUGACAUAAGUUUAUAAUGACCCACGCGAUAGCGAAAACCAUUUUGAUGUGUCACUGGUAUAUUUUCGGUCUGUGUCCAGAAUCCUUUCUUCUCAAUUACCUUUUGAGAAGGUUAAUAUGUAGCAAAAAGUAGGCCGGUGUUCGAUUCUUCACAUGGGUACAAUGUGUGAGAACCAAUACUGAUCUUCAGUGCCACCAUAUGGCUGCAUUGCAAAUGGCACAAGUUCAUCCCAAUUUCAAAUUUAAUUCUAAUUUGUGACAAAGCCGCCACUUUUCAAGGAGUUGCUUCAGUUAGUCGUAUCAGAAUCCGAUGGUCUGUCCUGGUUAUGGUCAUCAUACUCGUGUUGUUCCGUGUUGUUCCGGAACAAGCGUGCAGCUUACGGAAAGGGGCGGAUGGUGACGAAUAUUUCCAAUCAGAAGACUAGUUUUGAUGCAUACAGAGUUACCUCCCCAGAACAGCUUUUGUGUUCAUGAUGUAGAAGACGGCAUAUAUUGAACUAGUAUUUCGUCAUAUAACGUUACACGCUGCAUGCACGACAAAAACUAUGCUUGUGAUAAUGAUCAUUUUUGAGAAAUUUAUGUUAUUUCAAUGCCAUGCCAAAAGAAUCGCCUGCAAUAAAAACAAUCGCAAUAGACAUACAGCAAUUGUAAUAAAACAAGCAAUAUCCCCUGUUCUUAUUUUCAUCUUCAUCCUUACACAACUGUGAUUCUGUACUCUGGAUUGUCACGAGACUGUGAUCGGUGCCAAAUAACUCGCUUUUUCCUUCAUCUACCACGAAUUGUGAUAAAAAAUGACAAUCGUAAAAUAAUUACAAACGUAAUGUUUUAAUGUUAUUUUCCAGUCAUGCUACUAAUACUGAGUGCUGCUAUUGUGUCUGAAAUAGAAUGUUGGAAAUAUCAAUUUUCACGUAAAAUGUGCCUAUUUAACUCUGUUAUUUUUGUUUUAUUUCUUGUUCUGUAUAAAUGUGUCUAUUGCCAUCAGGUGUUAUACACAGAAUGUAAAGGGCAGCGGAUAAUUAUCUGUAUUGCAGUACUGUUUUGUUGUGUUUCUGUGUCAGAACGGUCGUCGUUGACAUAGAUGUUGGAGGUCACUGAAAUGUCUGAUUAACCUAUAUACGAAUACACAGAUUGAACCUGAAUAAAAUUUCGAAAAAUA